GCCGGGCCCGCCCGGCGGGUACAUUGUGCGCGGGGCCGCGCCGGGCCCGCUCCGCGCUCGCUCCGCGCUCCAGCGCCGAUCUCUGCGUCCCUGCCACCCCGCGCUGGGGGCUUCGCUGCUCACGGGGAUUUCGGCUCGGCCAAGCGACGGUCGCUCAAGAAGCUUUUUGGAUAUCUCAGCUGCAGAGUAGCAAGUCCAGUACCUGAUUUGCAAAUAGAACUGCAUGAAUUGCAUGCAAAGAGGAUUUCCUACAGCUCAAGCUGCCUCUGAGUACGUGAAUGCCUGCAUGUAACAGAUCCCCUUGCUCAAACCUUUUGAUGGUCUCCAGUGCUGGGAAAUUGCAUCUGAAACACAGCUGUAUCUGGCUCUGUGUUUGACAGCGUGUUGCCUCACUGCUCUUUCUCCUAAGCAGUUUUGCAAGGAGCUCUUCCCUGUGAAGACAACACAGCAAGAGCUGUGCCACCAUGUCCGUCAGCGUCCACGAGAACCGUAAAUCACGCACCAGCACCGGCUCCAUGAACAUCUUGCUUUUUCACAAGGCCUCCCACCCGGACUGCGUCCUGUCCCACCUGAACACCCUGCGCAAGCACUGCAUGUUCACCGAUGUCACCCUCUGGGCAGGGAACAGGUCGUUCCCGUGCCACCGGGCAGUGCUGGCUGCCUCCAGCAGGUACUUCGAGGCCAUGUUCAGCAACGGCCUCCGGGAGAGCCUGGAUGACGAGGUGAACUUCCAUGACAGCCUCCACCCGGAGGUGCUGGAGCUGCUGCUGGACUUUGCUUACUCCUCUCGGAUCAUUAUCAACGAGGAGAAUGCUGAGUCCCUCCUGGAGGCUGGGGACAUGCUGCAGUUCCACGAUGUCCGAGAUGCAGCUGCUGAGUUCCUGGAGAAGAACCUCUACCCUUCCAACUGCCUGGGCAUGAUGCUGCUCUCGGAUGCUCAUCAGUGCCGGCGGCUCUAUGAGCUCUCCUGGAGGAUGUGCCUGGUCAACUUUGAGACUGUUCACAAGAGUGAGGACUUCAACAAUCUUUCCAAGGACACUUUGCUGGACCUCAUCUCCAGUGAUGAGCUGGAAAUUGAGGAUGAAGAAAAGGUCUUUAAGGCUGUCAUGCAGUGGGUGAAAUACGAUCUGGAUGAGCGGAAGGCUUAUCUCCCAGAACUUCUGAGGAAUGUUCGUCUGGCUUUGCUUCCUUCUGAAUGCCUCAAGGAAGCCUUGGCUUGCGAAGACUUGAUCAUGGUGGAUGAAAGGAACAAGCUUGUCCUGGAUGAAGCUAUUCAGUGCAAGAAGAAGAUCCUUCAGAAUGAUGGGGUGGUCACCAGCCUCUGUGCCAGGCCUCGCAAAGCUGGGCACACCUUGCUGAUCCUGGGAGGACAAACCUUCAUGUGUGAUAAGAUCUACCAAGUGGAUCACAAAGCAAAGGAAAUAAUUCCCAAAGCAGACCUGCCAAGUCCACGGAAGGAGUUUAGUGCCUGUGCCAUUGGCUGCAAAGUGUACAUCACUGGAGGCAGGGGCUCAGAGAACGGAGUCUCCAAAGAUGUUUGGGUUUAUGACACCGUGCAUGAGGAAUGGUCCAAAGCUGCCCCAAUGUUAAUCGCUCGGUUUGGGCAUGGCUCAGCUGAAUUGGAAAACUGCCUGUAUGUGGUUGGUGGACACACUGCAGUAGCUGGAGUCUUCCCUGCGUCUCCUUCAGUUUCCUUGAAGCAAGUAGAGAAGUACGACCCCAUAUCCAACAAGUGGAUGAUGGUGGCUCCGUUGAGAGACGGAGUGAGCAACGCCGCGGUGGUGAGCGCCAGGCUGAAGCUCUUUGUCUUCGGUGGGACCAGCAUCCACCGAGACAUGGUAUCCAAAGUCCAGUGCUACGAUCCAGCUGAGAACCGAUGGAUGAUCAAAGCCGAGUGCCCGCAGCCCUGGCGCUACACGGCGGCCGCUGUCCUGGGCAGCCAGAUUUUCAUCAUGGGAGGAGACACAGAGUUCACGGCAGCCUCCGCCUACCGCUUCGACUGCGAGACGGACCAGUGGACACGCAUCGGGGACAUGACGGCCAAGCGCAUGUCCUGCCACGCCCUGGCCUCGGGCAAUAAACUCUAUGUGGUAGGAGGGUACUUUGGCACUCAGAGGUGCAAAACGCUGGACUGCUAUGACCCUAUGUCAGACACGUGGAACUGUAUCACCACGGUGCCUUACUCGCUCAUCCCCACAGCUUUUGUCAGCACCUGGAAGCACUUGCCCUCGUGAUGAGGGGCAGGGCCUGGGGGCUUGUUUCCAGGAGGUCAGUGAAGAUGCCAGAGUCACAUCCAUGUCCCCUCUCUUGCGGCUGGAGCCAUCACAGUGACCGAGAGCCUCCUGUCCUCCCGCACAGGACUCCGAGGCAACUUCCACAUCCCUUCCUGACACCAGGAGUGGGAGGCACAGCUGAAGCCCCACCGCCAGCAUCACACCAGGGGGUCACCAAGGGCUACCCAGCCCCACCACUGGUCACUGUGCAGGGAUGGAGCCGAGAGCACUGCCUUGCUGGGCUGGGCACAGGGAUGGCUUUGUGGGCUCCUCUGGACCAAUAGGGCUGUGGAGGUGGAGGCUGCAUCCCUCAGCAAACAUGGCUGGGUAGCCCUUUUUGUUACUCAGCUGGGGGGGUUAAGAGAUAUUAAUAUGUUUUUCUCUAAGGCAGUGAACUUGCCGUUGGCAGUACUUGCUGCUUGGGUGACUUGGAAGUGUUUGUUAAAGGGAAUAAGGUGAGAGCAUCUGGCUCUCCCCAUCCUCUGGUUAUUUCAUAGAGACAAAGGCUAUUGAAAUAUUAAAACAUAGGAGCUUGGGAUGGCUGCCAGCAGCACCACGUACUGUGACAAAACAGGGCAGAUGCCUUUUGGUUUGUACUUUGGGCCUUUUAAAUUUUUUUCCCCUCUUUCUUCUCUGCUCUGAUUUGGUCAGAGGCCGGGUAGCUCCCCACACACAGCUGCUGGGAAGAGCACAGGGCUCUGUUAGUGUGCCAAGGCAGCAGCACCACUGCCGAGAUAUUCCCCAGAUAAAGCCCACUGCAUGCUCAGAGCCGGUCUGCUGAGCUUCCCUGCGCGUGGGUGAGGCUCUCAUUAGCAAAGGAGCAGAAAAAAGGGUGCAGUGGGGAACGCUCAUGCCUUGGGAAGGGGCAACUUGGCUCCAGCAAGGCCUCGGAGGGAGAGCAAGAGGAUUAGGGUAGCAUUGCAGGGUGGGCUGGGGAGAGAUCCCCCUCCUUCCUGCUGCACCCCACACCCUGGCUUCCCCCUGGAGAGAUGUGAGCAUUUCUGACGGCGUGGUGCCUGCCAGCGGCUGGGCUGAGGCUGCCCCAGGUUAUCCACGCACGCUGGCUGCCAACUGUGUUUGGGAUUAUGCAUCCAAGAGCUGUCAGCCCGAGCCAUUCCUCAUUUUGCUGUGGAGGAAGGCACGUGGAUUUCAGCUGUCAGUACAGGGAUGCAGCUCCUGACUGGCCACUGCCGAGGACUGGUCCUGCACUGCCCCAGCAUCCUGCUUCCCUGCACAGCAGAUCUCCAGCUUCUCCAGGCUUGCCUCUCUCCCCUGGAUGAGGCUGGGCUGUAGCCUGGCCAGCUGAAUGAUGCAAUGCCAUGAAAAGCCUUGACACAGCUUCAAACAGCAGAGGUCUUUUUGGAGCAGUGGGUGCCGUCACUGCCGGGAAGAACACACGUUCCGCACAGCCAGUCUGCCAUGAGCUGCAUGACGUUUAUUUACAUCUUCUAGGCUUUUUUCUUUUUUUUUUUUUUUCCCCUUCAGCUGCUUGUGAACUUUAAUAAAAAUGAUGA